GUGGCAUCGCCACCUUCGCUUUCAUAUAAAGGAGCCAGCCGAGCCACCUCCCCCCAAGUCCCCAACGCCAACCUGCCGAUUGCCACAUCUUUUUGGCACCCUUUCUCUCCCGAACCUUCCUGUCUUUGGUGUUCUUCACAUGGCCGUGCAAGCGCAGUACGGCGGCGUUCCGGCGCCGUGUUUCCCCCGCGUCCAUGCGGCAUACGACGCCGAGGCGCAGGAGUACGGCGCGUUCCUCCCCGCGGCCGCGGCCAACCAUCACGGCUUCUACAACAACUGCGCCAGCGGCGCGCAGAGCGACCUGACGUGCAACAACAACGGCGCCGGCGUAGGAGCGCUGGUCUCGCGGAAGCGCGGCAGGGAGGCGGUAGAGCAGCACGCGCCGUCGUCGUCGGCCCUGCUGCCGAUCCCGGGCAUGGCGAAGCCUGUUGCGCUGCCAGCGGCGGGCCGGUUCGUGGAGUCUGCCAUAGCGUCGACCAGCGGGCGCCCGGCUGCAGCACCGUCUUCGUUCGCCCUCGACACGCUCGCCUUCUCAGAGCUGUACUAUCAGCAGCACGACGCGGAGAUCGAAGCCACGGUGCGGGCGGAGCUCGAGAGGAUGCGUGCCGGGCUGGAGCAGGCGCGGAAGCGGCAGUGCGUGUCGCUGGUGCGCUCGGCGUCGGCGUCCGCGGCGAGGCGGCUGAGGGAGAAGGAAGCCGAGCUGGACGCCGCCCGCCGCCGCGCGGCCGAGCUGGGCGAGCGGCUUCGGCAGGCGGCCGCCGAGAGCCAGGCGUGGCGGGGCCUGGCGCGCAGCAACGAGGCCGUCGCCGCGGGACUCCGCGCGACGCUCGACCACCUCCUCCUCCGCGCGGCUCCGGCCCCGGCCGAGGGCUUCGGCGAAUCGGACUUCAACUCCCCCGCCGGAGCCGAGGACGACGCUCAGUCCUGCUGCUUCGCGGCGCCCAAGGAGGACGCCGGCGCCGCGUGCUCCAAGUGGGCGUGCAAGUCGUGCAGCGAGGGCGAGGCGUCGGUGCUGUUGCUGCCGUGCCGUCACCUUUGCCUCUGCAAGGCGUGCGAGCCCAGGCUGGACGCCUGCCCCGUCUGCCUAGCCGCCAAGAACGCAUCCGUCCACAUCGCCGACGCCAGCUGAUCAGCAGCCACUGCUCCUGGCCGCCGUCCGAUGAAUGCCCUUGGGGACGUUUCUUUGGAAUUUGUUGUUCCAGCUCAGUAAUUAGCCAGUUAGAUUAAACUAAUUGAUACCGUUCCUAGCUUGUGUUCUUCCCGGGAGACCGGCAGGUUUAGAACAUGGUGAAUUCCAUUUGCCUUUUGUACUGCGGUAAAAUUAGCGCACAAUGGAAGGUUAAGAUCUCUUGCCACGUUAUUAUUCCAAAUCAGGACCCUUUUGAGUUACUUUUCAGCGUAACAUGGUCCGUAAUCUCCUAUUAUUACC